AUGGCAACUCGCCCAACAUUGACUAACGCUUGGAGGCUAUCUCGGAGCCUCUUGUCUUGUCGAAGCACUAAAUAUCUUUCGACUCGUGCAUCUAGACAUCAGGGCUAUGAUACCACUAUUGCCAACUUGAACAUUGGCAAGGAUACUAGGGUGAUCUAUCAAGGGUUCACUGGUAAAGCCGCAACACUUAAUGCCAAAGAUACCAUUGCAUAUGGCACCAAUGUCGUUGGCGGUGUAUCCCCAGGCAAAGGAGGCCAAGAGCAUUUAGGUCUUCCCGUAUUUAAUACAGUCAAAGAGGCCAUGGAACAGGUAAAACCCCAUGCGACAUCAGUCUUCGUACCCGCACAAUUUGCCGCAGCUGCUAUCAUUGAAGCAAUAGAGGCAGAAGUACCUCUUGUUGUGACCGUGGCUGAGCACAUACCUGUACACGAUAUGAUGCGUGUCCAUGGCGUACUUAAGACUCAAUCUAAAACUCGCCUUGUCGGUCCGAACUGCCCUGGUAUUAUUGCUCCCGAGCAGUGCCGUAUUGGGAUUAUGCCGCAUAAGCAGUACAAGAGGGGCACUAUCGGUAUAGUCUCGAAGAGCGGAACGCUAAGCUAUGAAGCUGUGGGCUCAACAUCGAAUGCUGGAUUGGGGCAAAGCCUUGUUGUUGGUAUGGGAGGUGAUAUGUUGCCCGGAACAACGCUUGUGGAUGCCCUCAAGCUGUUUUUCGAUCAUCCAGAAACAGAGGGUAUCAUCGUUAUCGGUGAGAUUGGUGGUGAGGCAGAACUCAGAGCUGCUGAAGCCAUCAAGGAAUACAGAAGAAGAACCACGGAGAUUCCGAAGCCAAUCAUAGCCAUGGUUGCUGGUAAGACAGCCCCUGAGGGUCGAACAAUGGGCCACGCCGGUGCACUUCUCCAAUCAGGCGAUAUAUCUGCCGAAGCCAAGGCGAAGGCUUUAGCAGAUAGUGGAGCGAUUGUAGUACCGCAUCCUGGGGUCAUGGGGCAGGUUAUUAAAGACCUAAUCUCAUCUUACACUGACAGAAUCCGUAUGAAUCGGUACCCAUUAGGUUCUGAAGUAGAAUACUUGACCGCCACACCAAGGGAACUAUAG